CACUGAUGAUCAGUGUGCCCUGAUGAUCAGUGUAGCCCCAGAAGUGCCACCCGUCAGUGUCCACCAGUGCCAGCUGUCAGUGCUCAUCCAUGCCACCUGCCAGUGCCCAUCAAUGCCACAUAUCAUUGCUCAUCUGAGCUGCCUUUCAGUGUCACCCAUCAGUGCUGCCAAUCAGUGCCGCCUAUCAGUGCCAGGCAGUGCCGCCUAUCAGUGCCAUAUAUGAGUGCUGCCUUUCAGUGCCCAUCAGUGAUGUCUGUCAAUGCCCAUCAGUGCCACCUACCAGUACCUCCUCAUCAGUGCCCAUCAGUGCCCAUCACUGCAGCCUCAUUAGCGCACAUCAGUGAAGGAGAAAAAUCACUUAUUUACAAAAUUUUAUAA